AUGGAGGUCCCGUGGGACGCUGAACACGUGGUCUCGGCUGCCACAAGACGUCAGCGGCAGAUGGCAUGGGUACCCGCUGUUGGCAUGAGUGUCAUUCCUCAAAGAGAGAGGGAAGGGGGAAGAGACGGAGAGAGGGAGGGAGAAAGAGAGAGAGAGAGAGAGAGAGAGAGGGGAAAAGGAAGAGCAGACUUUUCCCCUUUAAUUUGUGGUUUGCAAGAGAAGAAGCUGCAGCGCAGAUUCAGAGGAGAUAUUUGGGAUCAUGCGAGGUGCACGCUGACCAGAGGAAAUAUGUUGACACUGCCAUUCGAGGAACCUCAUAUGAUGUGCGAGCCGCGGUUCGGUGCCAAUUAUCCUCGCGAAAGCCUACCUGAGAGCCUGGAGCAGGAGCGACAGCACAACCUAGACAGGUCCAGCAACUCAGACAUGAGGGAGGCCGAGGACGACAUCUCCGACAAAGAGGAGGAUGAGAGAGAGGACGAUCAGGACGAGAACGGGCUUCCUAAAAAGCGAGGCCCCCGGAAAAAGAAGCCCUGUAAGGAGCAGAUGGACAGGGCCAAACUACGGCGCCAGGAAGCCAACGCCCGAGAGCGCAGCAGGAUGCAUGGCCUGAACGCCGCGCUGGAGAGCCUGCGCAAAGUUGUGCCGUGCUACUCCAAAACUCAAAAACUGUCCAAGAUUGAGACCCUCAGACUGGCUAAAAAUUACAUCUGGGCCCUGUCAGAGACUCUGAGCGCGGGGAAGAGACCGGACCUCCUCGCCUUCGUACAGACUUUGUGCAAAGGAUUAUCUCAGCCCACGACCAACUUGGUGGCCGGUUGUUUGCAGCUGAACGCGAGAAAUUUCCUCACAGACCACAACGGAGAGGUCAUGUUCUCUGGCAGAUCGCCCUACGACGCCAUGUACUCGUACCCGGGCUCAGACAUCAACACGCCCCCCGGCCACAGCGGCAGCACCUUGGACAGCAGCGCCAAACCGUUCCGACACUACAGCUACAGCGGCGCGUACGAGCCCUACUAUGAGAACCCGUCCCCAGAGGCCGGGAGCCCGCAUUUCGACGGCCAGCUGAGCCCCCCGAUGAACUUUAACGGGAUUUUCUCCCUAAAACACGACGAUCCUCCAGACUACGGCAAAGGCAGCCACUAUGGCAUGCGCUACUGCAGUGCGCCGGGGCGCGCGGCUCUUGCGCACAACUCCAUGUACCGAGUCUCCCCAGAGGCCCGUUUCCCCUACGAUCUGCACGUCCGCAGCCAGUCCUUCCAAGCACAAGGGGAAGUUAAUGGCUCUUUCCACAAUUAAUCAAUCAGCUGGACAAAGUUCAAGUUUCAGAAGCGAUGCAAUUUUCCCCCCGCAGAUGUCGAGAGUGGAACGAAAUGGACUCCAGGCACGCUGAUGAUGCACUGCAAAAAAUGUCCAUUUUAACAAGUCACUUUCUUUUAAAUGUUCUUGCAUUCUUUUUCUUUGAAACGUGGUAAAAGCCUGAAAAUAAGAAAUAACGAUUUCACUUGUUCUCUAUUCUUGUUCCAUUAAAAAUCUGUGUCGAUAUGAGGCAGAAAAGAGACACCACAGGAAGGAAACGAUCUCACUCUGAAGGCAGAGCUUCUGAUUCGUUUAAAUAAAAUUUAGAUUUAACGCCUCAUAUUUAAUUUCAAUGAAAAACCAUAACGACUCUGAUGUAGAAUCGUGUUAAAGAUGCAGGUUUUGACUGUUUACAGCUACAGUGCAUUACCAUAUUUAUAUUUGUUUAUUAACGAAAGUACUGCAGAUGACAUGUCAAUGAAAUGGUUUAGAUAAAGCUGAUGUAGUGGACAAUUAAUUUUAAAUCAGCGAAAUAAAAUCAGUUGAAUAAAACAACCGGGGAGGAAGAAUCUGAGGAGGUUUCACUUCACCACUGAAGUUUGCUGAGACAUGAUUGGACUUCAGAGGUUCAGUCUGUGAGCAAUAAAGGUCAAUUGAGCUAUGCAAGGCAGCCAAAUGCAAUCUUUGACAAAUGGGGGAAAAAAAAGAUAUAUGUCUAUUUCCUCUCACAAGGCGUUUUUCAUAAUCUAAUAUCUAAUUAAAAUGAUGACAACUACACAAAAUUAAUUAUAAGAGAAAAAAAAAAGCCAGUUUGGAGACGUGCAUGUGUUUAGGAGACCUGAUGAUGAUGUCAUCUGAAAUGGUCCUAUAAAUACAGGAAGUCAUGGGGGAAAAAAAAUAAAAAAAAUAAAUAAAAUGCAUUUGUAUUUGGAGUAAAUAGUGUGGUAACGAGGUGAAUGUAAAAUUAUUAUUGUAUUUAUUUAUUUAAGCUUAUUUAUUAUAAGUCCGUCAAUUUGAAUGUGGAUAAUAUAUUAUAAGAAGAUAUUGUAAAAUUCAACAGUGUUACCUUUUUAUGUGAAUUUCCAUACACAUUUAAAGUUUGUUUAUGUUUCAUUGUUGUGUAUUUCACUACAGCUGAAAAGUCGAGCACUGGAAGGGAAAAAUCAUUUUGUGUGAGGUGAACGAAAACUAUACGAAUCCGAUUAACAUGCCUUAAAAAUAAAGAGACGACGACCAUCAAUAUGCAACGAAAUGAAAGUUUUGGAUAGUUUGAUGUGAACUUUUUACACUUCCUUGUUCCUGCUGAGGAGGAACUGUGAUGCACUUCAUGUAUUUCUGCACAAUGUUGGUGACUGUACUCUCAUAAAUCCUGUUGAUUUUGUAACUUUA